AUGGCACUGGGAUCUCAUCUGCUGAAGAGGUACGCGGUAUGCCUCCUGGCCGACGUAUCUUGGGACGAGGUAGCCCUCACGCGGGGUCACGACACGAAGCCCAUCUACCGCGCUGGGGACGGCAGUGAGCCAGUCAGCUUCAAUGUAUCCCACCAGGCUGGUCUGGUUGUACUCGUCGCGUCGGCGUCGGCGUCACCAGUAAAGCAGCAGCAGAAUGGGGACGAGGAGAAGGAGAAGAAGGCAGAUUUAGGUGUCGACAUCGUCUGCCCGUCCGAGCGACGUCUACGGGAUCGCGAGCUCAUACGUUCGCAGGGCUGGUCUGCCUUUGUAGACAUGCACGCCGACGUGCUCUGUCCGGAUGAGGUGGCUGUUCUGCACAGCAUGGCUGGGGACGAGGACAGGCUGCUACGCUACUUCUACGCCCUCUGGUGUCUCAGGGAGGCCUAUGUCAAGAUGACCGGAGAGGCGCUUCUGGCCCCGUGGCUGCCGGAGCUGGAGAUGCGGUGGUUCUGUCCGCCUGAAGAGCAGGAGGGGGAGGAGGGUGGGGAUGGAGGUAGAGGGAGGAAUCUGGAGAUUUGGUUCAGGGGAGGUCGCGUGGUUGAUGUCCAUGUGCGGCUCGUCGAUUAUAUGGACGAGUAUAUGAUCUGUACGGCUGUGAGGGGGGGGGACCUGCAUAUAGGGGAGUAUGAUGUGGUCGAUGUGAGGGAUGUGAUUGCUUUUGCUGAGAGAUCAAAGGGGUGGUGA